AUGUUUAAAAAAAGAGCACCUAAAAAAGAAUAAAUAGAAAUAGGAUUAGAAAAAAUCGAAAAAGAAGAAUAGGGGAAAGGUUCAGAUGACGAGGAAUUUAAUCUGAAAGUUAUAAAAAAAAUAAAACCUAAUCCUAGAUAAGAAGAUGAUUAAGAGGAUAACAAUAAAAAUAGAGUUUAGGAGUUAGUAAAUGCAGAAAUCGAAGAUUUGAAAUACAAAUCAAACGAAACUAUGUUGGGAAAUAGGAAAGAUUUAGCUACUGUUUAUAAUGAAAUAGAUACUGACUAAGCAGUUGAUGCAAGAGCAAUAGCCCUAAAAAGAUAAGAAAUUAGUUAAUAAAUCAGAGAAGGAAAACUGAGUUCUGAUGUAUACCGUGGGAAAAAUUAUUCUACUCAAUAUACAUAAAAGUCAGAAGAAGAAAUACGUAAAUCUAAGAUUACUGGAAGCAUGGGACCUGUGAGAGCACCAGCAAAUGUUAGAAUGACUUGUCGUUUUGAUUAUGAUCCUUCUCUUUGCAAAGAUUAUCAUGAUACUGGUUAUUGUGUCUUUGGUGAUAGUUGUUUAUAUUUGCAUGAUAGAGGUGAUUACAAAAAUGGAUUUGAAUAAGAAUAAGAAUGGGCAAAAGACUAAAAAAGAAAAUAAUAGGCAUUAUUAAAUGGAGAAGAAGAAGAUUCUGAAGCAGAUGAAGUUGAAUAGAGACUCAGUGAAGUUUAAGUUCCAAAAAAGUGUUAAAUUUGUGAUAGCAAAUUAAAAAAUCCUAUAAAAACUUUAUGCAAUCAUUUUUUUUGCGAAAGUUGUGCUCUAUAAAAUUAUGCAACAAGUAAAACUUGUUAUGUUUGUGAUAGAAAUACUUAAGGAGUAUUUCAAGAUGCUACUUAUGAUAUAUAAAAGUUAAUUAAAGAAAGAGAAGAAGAAAAGUUACGUUUGAAGUAAGAAGUUACAAGCAGAAAAGCUUUAGCUAUGUUAGAUGAUACUGAAGAUUCAGAUGAUAGCAAUGGGGAAGCAAAUAUUCAGCCUAAAAAAAGGAAUUUCAAACAAAAAAAUAAAAAAUAAGCAAAAGAGGUAGAAGUAGAAAGAACUUAUGUUGACGAAAACGGUAUAGAAAUUACAGAAACAGUAAUUCAAAGAGUUGACGAUAAUUCAGAUUAAGGUGAUGAAAGUGAUAACUAAAAUGAUGAUGAUGAAGAAAAUAAGGAUAAUAGCGAAGAAGAUAGUCAAUAAUAAGAAAUUUUUAAUAACAUAAAUAAAAAGAAGGAUGAAGUUGAUGUGGAGACUUAGCUUGCAUUAAAUCAAAUUAAUAAAAUGAAAAAGAAAAAAAUAUUCAAACCAAGUGCUUCAGAUUGGAUUAUGUAAUGA